GCGGCUGUUCUGCGAGAGCACAAGCAUAUGCAACAUGCUGAACCCUGAAAACAGAAGGCUCCACUCAUCCAGUGAGAGGGAGCAUCUGGGCCACACACAUCUGUCUGCAGCGUUGCAUCAACAUCAAAUCAUUGCAACCUGCCAUUCUUGAAUGUAGCCAUGAGCGCGUGACAUUAUCUAGUUCAGCGCCACCACAGCAGCGGCGCUGCAGCUCCACGAGCAGAUGUCCACGUGUGCGGGACUGAGCGACUCCUGGACGGGACUCAUUUGUCUGAGAUGUUGCCUCCACAAUUCCAGAGUCUGCUUCCAGCCACUGAUUCAUUUGAAGCUUAUUCUGCCAAUUCACCGUGAAAACGAAACAGAAAAGCCAACACAAACACGACAGCAGCGGUCUUGUCUGGUCUUGUCACCUGGACCCUGGCUUCGACUCGACGCCAGUGUGGCCCGGAAAUGCAAAUGUUGCCUCGCCAUGGAUGCCGUCACGCCAGAACGCACGUGAGCACAAAGCAACAGACUAAAUCUAACGACAGUGUUCAGCUUCAAUACUCAAUAGGAAUGACAAACAAACGAACACACAAAACACAAACGAAGCCAUGUAAAAUAAGAAUGACCACGGUUCCAGCAGCUCGUGUCAAAGAGGGAGCCACUGCUGGUGCUGGAGCGACGGGCGGCCAGAGCCACUCCUCAACAAGUCCCUGUCGUCAAGAAGAGCGCGAGCUGUCACAGGCCGGGGACGGUGGUUUGUCUCCCGCCCAUGGGACAGAUGCUCCCAGCAGUCCACGACCAGCAGAUGGAGCCACCGUUGAACUUUGUUGUCAGACCAAAGCACCUCAGCUGAAGGUUUGAGCAGGGCUUUUGGUGACAGUGUGGACCUCCACGUCAAGUGAAGUGUCACUCACGACAGCAGCUCCUCCUCACGUCAUACUGAUGCUGAGUCAGCAGAUCUGGCAGGACAUCGCUGCUCUGCAGCUUGAAUGGCACCUUAACAUGAUUCCAGCGUUUGAUAAGGAUGAGUUCGCAGUUAGUUCUGACACACACACACACACUGCAGUCGGGGAAGUCACCUCCUCCUGAGAGGACGGUCUGUCAUGCAACACCUUCAGCUACAGACUCCUGCUCUGUUCUGUCGUGAAGAACGGCUCUGCUCACAUCCACACAUCAGAGUGCCGGACAGUCACGGAGGAGGGGAGUGGCGUGCUCAAACGUGCAUGAGGAGGAGGGGAGAGAGUGAGAAGGGGAGGAGAGAAGGGAGACGCAGACAGAGAGAAGACCAUUCGGCUGAAGGAGCUCGAGGAGUGAUGUGUCAGUGAGGAUUGACCCAAAACUCGGCGCAGACCAUGCCUCGGUAGCCACAGGCGGUCUUCAAGUCUGGAUGGACCAGCACAGAGAGGACCGGACGGGUGAGGAGAGUCCAUCACGGAGCGUCACUCACAGCGAGACGCGCUCGUCCGGCCACGCGCUCGCCAUGCAGCUGCAGACAUUCAGCCACAGCCAGGAGAAGACGAUGGACCCGGUCCAGAAGGCCGUGAUCAACCACACCUUCGGAGUUCCACUCAUCAAGACCAAGCGGCCGGUCAUCUCCUGCAACGUCUGCCAGAUCCGCUUCAACUCAGAGAGUCAGGCUGAAGCCCACUACAAAGGGAACCGUCACGCCCGGCGAGUGAAAGGCAUGGAGACGUCCAAGAGUCGCCCGCAGGAGGGGGACAGGCCUCCGACGGUCACCCCCGCCGCCUCGCCGUCCCCUCCUGCUGCUCCUGGUUCUGGUUCUGACUGUGAACCCAGCAAAGAUGAUCUGCCCCCUCUGUCACAGUUGAACGACACGCUGCUGGCCCCGGGGCCCCUCCCAUCUCUGACCACGCCGCCCACCCCACCCAUGGACUCGCCCGCUCCCUCCGUGUUGUCCACAGUGGUCCCCCCAGCACCCGCCUCUCCGGGCGGCGGCAGCUCCGAACAGUCAGGAAGCAAUGCCCCUCCAGCAGCCUCCAGUGGCUCCUCUACCGCCGAGACUGAGGAGGACAAAGCCAAGAAGCUGCUGUACUGCUCGCUGUGCAAGGUGGCCGUCAACUCCUUGUCCCAGCUGGAGGCCCAUAACAAAGGGACCAAACACAAGACCAUCCUGGAGGCCCGGAGCGGACUCGGCCCCAUCAAGGCUUACCCCCGACUGGGCCCCAAACCCAGCGGGGAGCAGGGAGGGGGCCCACUGGACCCCAACACUCAGGAAAGAACCUUCCACUGUGAGAUCUGCAACGUGCGGGUCAACUCUGAGCAGCAACUCAAACAGCACAUAUCAAGUCGCAGGCACCGGGAUGGCGUGGCGGGAAAACCCAACCCCCUCCUGAGCAGACACAAGAAGCACAGAAGCGCCGACCUGGCGUCCACCUUGACCUUCUCCAAGGACCUGACCAAAGCUCUGGGCGCCGGCCUGCUGCCCAGCCCGCUGGCCGUCGCCGCGGCGAUGGCGGCCGCAGCGUCCUCCAACCAGCUGGCCCUGCGGGCUGCAGCUCCAGCGCACCACCCGCACCCGCACCUGCUGACGGGGCCCCCCCUCAGCCACGCCAUCCUGAGGCCUGCCCCCGGGCCCAUCCGCACCACACAUGGUCCCAUCCUCUUCUCCCCAUACUGACACUGCUGCAGAAGCACACUGUGAAGCAAACGUUGGCAUCUGAAGACUGAGACCAGUAGAAUAUGUGCGUGUCGUUUGUCCCUUUACAUGAGACUCUCCCUCCAUCUCCAGACCAGGUCGCGGGUGGAGGAUCUUUAUGCAUUGUCUCAAGGGGGGCCUCGGCAGAACCUUCUCAGCCAGCGUGCUUUUCUCCUCCUGUCAGCGUGGAUCGAUCUUCCUCUCAUCCUGAAUCUCCAACCCAACGUGGGCACAAGCCGCUCCGCCGCCACGCUGCGUUCCCCACCUCCGUGACAGACGUGGCCAGCGGUGGAAGUUCUUGCUGGAACUUCUGCUGACAGGAACAAGAUGGAGGCUGCUGGCACAACACAAAGACCUGGGGGGAUGGUGUUCUCUCAUCAGUCCCCGAGAGGUGAGGCCAGCGCCAACGUGGCUGGGUGAACAGGUGGGCGGCGAGCAGACACAUGGGGACAACGCCUGAGGCGAGCGUGCCCGCCUCCAUCACCAUCAAAGGAGGCGGCGGGUCUGUAGCUGCCGGUGAAGGAGAGAUACACGUCCAGCUGGCGGGUUGAAAGGUCAAAGUUAAAUCAUGAGGUGGAGCUGGGCCGUCACUCCUGAGGGUGGCGGCGCUUCUUCAGCGCACUUCCCCAUGAAACGCUCUCCUCGUGGACGUCACAGGUCCUGGGGCUCAUGGGAUUUCACGAGCUCAGUUCGGCAGAUGUGAUGAGUCAGCAGAACCUCAACACAGACUGGCUUCAGUCCCGGCUCCUGCUAUCGUUCACGUGGAGCGGGCAGACGGGAGUUGGACUUCGAGCACCCGGAUGUGUCGUCCUGGAGGAGCUCAGGGCGGCUGAAGACAGACAGCAGUGUUGGGAGAGAAACAGGGACGAGUCGUCGUCAGUCACUUCCUCUUCCUCAACUGAAAGCCAUGUAACACACCAGGAUUUGUUUUCCUCCACCAAGUCUGGUGAGCACUUUGUUUGACGCGGACACUGAGAAGUGGACCUGGACCAGCAGCAGAACCAACUCGCUCGCAACUUGAAACAGUCACUUUGAACGGACGUCCGGCGUCUCCUCUCACGGAGACGCAACUCGCUAAAAUGUCUUCGGUUUCUUUCGAGUACUCCGUGUGCAGGUGGCUCGGCGUCACAGCGCCCUCAUGUGGUCUGCACUUUUCUGUUCUUCCAUGGGGAGUUGAAGGAGAGCUCAGUCCACACUUCUUCCAGGGCCUCCCUCUCACCGGGCCCCGGUCCUCAGUACCUCAUGUUCUUGCUCGCCCAGCCGGUGCCGGGGGGUGGGCUGCUUCCAGUCCUCUCAGCAGAGGGUCGAGGACGAUGCGUGGGCUGAACCAUUAAAGCAAUGUCAUUUUGGGGAUCAGGGUUCAGUCCGGUCCGUCUCUUUGUGUUCCGGCGGAGCGACUGUCGGCCGACCUUCUCACCAGCGUGCGUUCCUUGUUUCUGUGCUGUUCUUUGGUUCUGUGUUGGUGUGUGUCGCCCGCGUCUUCCUGACAGGGGGCGGAUUUCAAGUGGCCUGACUCAAGGAUGGAGCUGUGUGUUGGAGACUUGGGUGUGGGUCCAUCCACCUCCCGACCUGAUGUGGUGCCGUCAGCAGCCGUCGUCCUCACUCACUGUGGUUCUUCCCAGACACACACACACACACACACACACAGGAGGCCCACGUGAGGGUCCCAGGAGUCAUGCUAGCUGUGUUUGGGCCACAGGCCUUUAGCCUUAUUCUACCCUCAGCCUCUGGAGAGGCGGACAGGUUAUUUCGUCUUGCCAAUAAAGUUAUUUUUCAAUUUCCGUGCCGGGGUACAAAGAGUUUGUGGGGUGAACCGUAGCAAUACCCGGCACAUCCUGGCUGUUCUUGUUGACUGCAAUAAGAUGUACGUGAACAUUAUCAAUGUCAUUUAAAAGAAAAAACAAAACACUUCAUGGUUCACAAUGCUGUUCCUGGAGAAGACUGCGAAUGGAAGAAAUAAAUGUCAAUAAAACCAAGCGAAAUCCCUGUGGCUUCUCAUUGAAGGGCACGACCAGGCGCGCUUCACUGAC